GUCGGUCGCCAUGCUUUGUGCAGAUCGAGCAGCUAUCUAGCCAUGGAUUACUACCGUCGCCACGAGAACUACGGUGGGUAUGGAAUGGCAACACCGGGGUACGGGAUGGCAACUCCGGGGUACGCGCCGCCGGUGCCAUACGGCAUGUCUCAGGUGAACAUCGAGGGCAACUACGGUGGCCGUACCCUGCCGCCGCAGCCCACGGUGAAGGUGUACUGCCGGGCCAACCCCAACUAUGCCAUGUCCGUCCGGAACGGCAAGGUUGUGCUCGCGCCGGCCAACCCCAAGGACGAGUACCAGCACUGGAUCAAGGACAUGAGGCACAGCACCAGCAUCAAGGACGAGGAGGGGUACCCUGCCUUCGCCCUGGUGAACAAGGCCACAGGGGAGGCCAUCAAGCACUCCCUUGGCCAGUCCCACGCUGUUCGGCUUGUGCCGUACAACCCUGACUUCCUGGACGAGUCGGUGCUGUGGACGGAGAGCCGGGACGUGGGCAACGGCUUCCGGUGCGUGCGCAUGGUGAACAACAUCUACCUCAACUUCGACGCCCUCAACGGCGACAAGUACCACGGCGGCGUCCGCGACGGCACCGAGGUCGUGCUCUGGAAGUGGUGCGAGGGCGACAACCAGCGCUGGAAGAUCCAGCCUUACUACUGAUGGAACCACUGAAUAUGACUGAACCAGUCAUGCUUGGUCCGCACGGAGCAUACGUAUUACUGCAGAGCGAUGCCUCCCUACACUGAAGAAUAACGGAGCCGUCGUCUACUGCCUUCCGAUGAUGCGAUCCACGCUGAUGAUAUACAGAAGGUCGGAUGACAAGAGCUCGUGUGCGGGCACCAGACGCUGGCUGUUGUGCUUGUACGUGUAAUGAUAAUAAGUUAAUAGUAUGUCAAUAAAGUAACUUUGAGUGUGAUUCCUCCAAA